CCUUCCUUCCUCCUUCCUUUCCUGCCUCAUUCUGCCCUUCCUGGGUGCGGAGAAGCCUUGGCUCCUGGGGGCCCUUCUUCGGCUUCCUUUUGCCCCCCCUUUCCCCCAUUUCUGUGGCCCCCUUCCUCCUUUGGGGAGGGCUGUGGACCCUUCCCAAGUGGGUCCCCCUACCCAGCUCUCCAUUGCGCGACUCCCCUUUUGCGCCCUGGGCUGUUUGGUGCUUCUCUCCAUGGAGGACUCGCUCUCUCCGGCGGUGGGCUGGGGCUUGGGGGGCUGGCUGGCCCUGGGCUUCCUGGUGGGCUUGCCGGGGGUCUUGGCCCUCAGCCCCAAGCUCCGCUUCCGCUUCAAAGUGGGCUUCUAUUGCAUCCUUUGCCUGGUUUGCUCGGCUCUCACCGCCCCGGCUUGCCUCUUUUGGAACCGAGGGCGCACCGUCCACAACAUGACGAUCAUCAAGAACGUCGUCCGGAGCUUCAAAUACUUCUAUGGCCUCCGGUUCGAGACCAAAGGCUUGGAGCAUUUUGAGAUCGAAGGGCCGUGCGUCAUUGUCUCGAACCAUCAAAGCAUCCUCGAUAUGAUGGGCUUGAUGGAGAUUCUCCCGGAGCGCUGCGUCCAGAUCGGGAAACGGGAACUCCUCUACUUCGGGUCGGUGGGCUUGAUCAUGUGGCUCGGAGGGGUCAUCUUCAUCAACCGGAAGAGCACCAGCAACGCGAAAUCCGUCAUGGCCGAGGUUGGGCAGGCCAUGGUUGCGGACAACGUCAAGGUGUGGAUCUACCCAGAGGGAACCCGGAACGGCAACGGGGACCUUCUGCCAUUCAAGAAGGGAGCGUUUCACCUUGCCAUCCAGACACAGGUUCCUGUCGUCCCCGUGGUCUACUCGUCCUUUUCUUCGUUCUACAACCCUGCAAAGAACCUCUUCACAUCAGGCAAAAUCCGGGUGGAGGUCCUUCCGGCCAUUCCCACCAAAGGCCUGGGUCCUUCCGACGUGGACGAACUCACCAGCCAGUGCUACAACACCAUGCGGGAGACCUUGUUCCGGCUGUCCGGGCGGCCCGGCGAAGCCAACGGAGGAGCGCCGCCACGGGUGUCUCAGUGAUGCGGACCAAGGAAGGUGGCAACCCUCCCACGGUUGAGAGGACCUUCCAUUUCCCCUCUCGGUCUCCCACCCGUGGCUGAAAACUCGGCGUGCUUAAUGAGGUCACGGAGGGGAACGAAAGGGGCCGAAACCCCGUUUUCUCCACAAAAUAAUCCCUGUUCUCUUUUAUGUUUUUACAUCCCCGUUUCCUCACCCCAAACGGUGAAUAAUACCAAAGAGAGGGAGGCUGUCGUGACUCUAUUGCUUUUAUUUUUAAUUUUUGGGGAAAUUUGGGGAAAUUAAGCACUGCCAGCGUUUCCAAACCGAGACGAAUGUUCCCACUAAACAUGGAAGAGGAUGGAGUCCCCGAUCUCUCCAAAUUCCUGAUUUGCACUAUUGCCAUUGUUUAUACUAAUCUUUGCGGAGAUGUUGGCGACCUACUGUUUUGGGACUGGAUUGGGAACUCCGAAAUCGUACCCGUUUGCUUUUUGGGACUGGAUUGGGAACUCCGAAAUCGUACCCGUCUGCUUUUUGGGACUGGAUUGGGAACUCUGAAAUCGUACCCGUCUGCUUUUUGGGACUGGAUUGGGAACUACGAAAUCGUACCCAUCACAUUCUGAAGAGUUUCCGGCACUGGAAUGUAUUUUUUUUCCCAAUUGAAUCAGGACAUAUUUCUAACAGUCCUGGGAUAUUCCCAGAAUGAGUCUUAUUUUGUGUUUGGAGACUCGGGAUUGUGUUUCGAGCGUCUUUAUGGCUCUUCGUUUCGGACAGGGUUUGCAGUUGUGCAUUGCGUAGAGAGAUUGCUCUUUUGGGGACUGUUUUGGAGUUUACCGGGAUCAAUAAUUGGGAAUUUCCUUGGGAUGUAAAUGGUUGGAAAGGCCCACCUUGAAAAAUGGCUGCGUUCUUUGGGCAUCCAAUGCCUGAAUUGCAAUAUUUGUCCAAAACUUGGGGAAGGGUUUGUUGUUGUUUUGUUUUGGGAUGGGUUGCAAUGCCCAGAAUCCUUGGAUUAAAGGAAUGUGGGCGUCAUUAUGAUCCAAAAAAGGGAACUAUAUGUUAUUUAUCAUCUCUAGAAGAGAAAAGGGAAAAUUGAGCGGUGUUUGGGAGCAUUUCUUAUCCAUCGAAAAUCGGCAAUAAUAACUAUUUUCCGGUAACUUAUUCCGGCACUUAGGAUUUGGAACGAACCUCCUUUUUCAUUAUUUCAGGGUAUUUGGACUUUCAAAAAAAGCUCAUUUGAAGGGUUGAGAGAUUUAUAUUUUGUUUCCCACCCCAACUUUAACCGGACCAAACUGUAACUUUAGUUCAGGCUUAAAUAUGACUCUUUUUAGGCCGUUUAGGAAACCUUUUUGGACUCUGUAAACGCAUGGAAACGUGCCAAAGAAGUGCCUUUGUUCCGAAAUGCGUUGGGGUUUGUGUCCAGAAAUAUAUGAGUGGAUUUGAUUUUUAUAAAGCAGAUUUAUUUAAGGAGGAAAAA